AUGGCUAGCCAAAUUUCAGAACUUAAUCAGGAUUCAACGAUCGACAGCUUCACUGUCAACGAUAAAAUACUUCAACUAGAAUUGAAGCUCUGCGCUUGGGCUGCAGAGCAUAACAUUGCAUAUUCGGCAAUCGACAAAUUAGCAAGUGUAUUGAAUACAGCUGACACUGAUUCUGUUGUCUUAUCGGGAUUAAAAUUAGGUCGGACUAAAUCAACAUCGAUCAUGAACGGAAUAUUUGCAGCCACACAACAUGAUGAAAUCGUUCAUAGAAUGCAAAAUGAAAGUUUUUCCUUGAUCAUAGACGAAUCAACGGAUUUGACGACCACCAAAACAUUGGCAAUGGUAAUUCGUUUGUUCGACAACGAAAAACAUGAAACUAAGGACAUCUUCUAUAAAGCCAUUGAAUUAAAAUCAUUCGACCACCGAACAAUUUUUGACUCAAUGAUUGCACAAUUUAAAAAAGAUAAUAUAGAUUACAAAAAAAGGCUUGUAGGAUUUGCUUCUGAUGGGGCAUCCGUAAUGAUGGGAACCAAAAAUUCUGUUAUGUGUCUCUUAAAAAAAGAUUGUCCUAAUUUGAUCAUAAUUAAGUGCACGUGCCAUUCGUUGGCAUUGUGUGCAAGCUACGCGUGCAAUAAAUUGCCAGAUGAUAUCGAACAACUGAUGAGAGACAUUUACAGUUAUUUAGCGCACAGUCCAAAAAGAAUGCAAGAAUUCAAAAAUGUUCAAAAUAUUUUGGAGGUAAAACCGUUAAAAAUUCUCCACCCGUCAGCGACAAGAUGGCUUUCAUUAGAGGCUGUGGUAAAUAGAAACCUUGAACUUUUUGAAGAAUUAAAUCAGUUUUUCGAAGAGCAAUCCAAAGGAAAUAAAAACCAAACAGCCCAACGUAUUUUGGAGGGUUUAAAAUCACCAUUAACAAAACCGAUAUUGCAAUUUCUUGCUUAUAUAUUGCCUCUUAUUAACAAGCUCAACAGAAUGUUCCAAGCUGAACAACCAAAGUUUAUAGACAUGUUUACUGAAAUGAAAACCUUCUAUUUGCUGUUGCUUGAUAACAUUUCCCUGUGCUGA